UCUCUGCCGUCCUGCUUCUCUCCAGUCAUCACUGUGCCCUGAUCUGCAAAAAAAAAAAAAAAAAAAUACACAGGGACUCCUCCGAGAGAGAGACACAAAAAAAGAAAAGAAAAGAAAAAGGGGCAGAGUUCAUCCAUGUAAACUCCGGUCAGUCAGAAAAACUGCGCCGUUCAGCUGGAUAAGCCCAUCUUGAGAGGGGGAGAGAGAAAAAAGAGAGAAGGAGAAAAAAAGAGAGAGAAGAAUCACGCGUGGAGUGGAGUGUUGGCGUGAAAUUGUGAAGGAAAAAGAGAGAAGAAAUGAUGCUCCAGCAGCACUUGAUCUUCGUCCUCUGCAGCCUUUGUGCAAGCGUCUUUAAAGUGGCUGGGACAAAAAGCAAAGCAAAAGGUGCCCAGGGUCAGUUCCCCAUCACGAAGAAUGUGACGGUGGUGGAGGGGGGCACGGCCAACAUGACCUGCCGUGUGGAAUACAAUGAUAACACUUCCCUCCAGUGGUCAAACCCUGCACAACAAACCCUUUUCUUCGGGGACAAGAAAGCGCUGAGGGAUAACAGAAUCGAGCUGCUGCAAGCAUCGUCGCAGGAGCUCACGAUCAGAAUCAGUGACGUGGGCCUGUCAGAUGAAGGCCAGUACACCUGCUCACUCUUCACCAUGCCUGUAAAGACCACCAAGGCCUUCCUCACUGUUCUGGGAGUGCCUGGGCGACCAAAGAUCACAGGAUUUUCCAAGCCAGCCAUGGAGGGGGAUGAAGUCACCCUGACAUGCACCACGUCAGGCAGCAAACCUGCUGCCGCCAUCCGGUGGUUCCGAAAUGACAAAGAGGUCCAAGGUACUAUGGAGAUCAAUGCAACAGGAAAGUCAUUUACAGUCAGGAGUAGCCUCCAAUUCCAGGUGGACAAACGGGACGAUGGUGUUGCCUACACCUGCAGCGUUGAGCACGUGUCUCUGUCCAACCCCUACAUGACAACAGAGGUCCUGGAGGUCCACUAUGCUCCCCACGUGGAGAUCACACAUUCGCUCAUCAUUCCACAGGAAGGACAGUAUUUCAAACUGGAGUGUGUGUCCAUAGGCAACCCAAUACCUGAACCGGUGCUGUGGUUGAAAGACGGAGGAGACCUUCCAGACAUCGAGCGUAUGAUUGUGGAGGGCCGGGAGCUUACCAUAACCAUGCUAAACAAAACAGACAACGGCACAUACCGCUGCGAGGCCAGCAACCACGUGGGAACCAGCUUUGCAGAAUACGUGCUGUUUGUAUAUGCCAAAGACUUUCCAGGGGCUACAACAGAUCCUAAUGCUUUAGGACAACAUGGACCUGACCACGCUUUAAUUGGCGGCGUUGUUGCAGUCGUGGUCUUCAUCACCUUGUGUUUGAUAAUAGUUCUUGGGCGAUAUCUGGCUAGACAUAAAGGAACAUAUCUAACACACGAGGCCAAAGGAGCUGAAGACGCCCCCGACGCUGACACAGCUAUCAUCAAUGCAGAGGGAAAUCAUGUGCAUGCAGAGGAAAAGAAAGAGUAUUUCAUUUAGACUUGUUGCCCUUCUCCGUCAUUUCAACCUUCAACAGCAGACAUGCAAUUUUAAGCUGCCUCAGCGUCACCACACGGUCUGUUUUAUUUCACCUGUUCUCUUGUCUUUUCCAGGAAGCUCAUGUUUGGACAUAUUUGUUUCGACAAAAUAGCUUUCUCCUUUUGUACUUAUAGAAACCAUGUACAACUGGAUUAGAUUGAUUUCAGUUUUACGGUGCCUAAAUACUGUGCGUUGUUCUGCAUUCCUUUCACUGAAAAUGUCUUUCUCUCUACUCUCUCUUACUCAAUGUACCACACGACUUUUUGCAGAUUUUUAAAAUUCAGAAAGAAGAUCAAAUAUGCUCCAUCUCAGUAAAGUCAAGUCUUAGCUUCUAUAAGAGAAUAAAACAGAGUCAGUGGAAGGCAUUAAUCCAUCAAAUAUCAUCAGAGGAAUCUUUUUAAGGCGUGAUUUAUUGACUUUGAUGUCAUCUGGAGUUCCUCCCACCAUGGCCAUCACACACAUCAUUAAAAAAAAUAAAAAAUAAAAAAAUAAAAAUCAUGAAACAGACCAGACAGAAUAAAAUUCAGAAGCACAAUCUACAGUAGGUGAUUGUCUCUAGAUGAACUCAACUCCAUCUCCACACCGUCCGAGCGUUCCUGCACUGGUUUAAUUUCAGUUCGAUCACACUGUUGUUUCAUACCAACAGAGAAGUUAGAAAAUAAAAGCACAAAGUCUGAGGACUAACAUAGAGGGAAAACACAUCAACAUGUUUCUUGUCUCAGGAUUCAAUACGAGUCUAGAUGGAGAGGUGGAGUCGGACGUGAUGGAGAUUUCAGUUGUCAUCAUGGAUGGGGAACUUUAAUUUUCUUCAAGCUAUUUGAUGUAAGACCCAAACGGAACGAGUGGAACCUCGCAAAGGUUCAUUAUUUAUGUUGAAUUUUAUUGAACAACUAUGCUUAAUGUGUGGAUAUUGCUGUAAAAUAUUUUGCUGACGUGAAUAUUGGUGAUUAAUAUUGUUGAAUCUUGGAAUCCCUGACACGUUACAAUUUGUAUAUAAGCAUAUACAGUAUUUGAAGUAUUCCACAGGUCUUGAUUUCUUAUUUCAUUUUAUUUUUGUCAUUUAUCCGAUCAGAGUUUUUCUCUCUCUUUUUUUGCCACAAGGCAUGAUUAUUCAAUUUCCGUAAAAGGGAGCAAAAACGCUGGUGAUUAGCUUUUAAUUUCAGGUCAUAUUGAGUGUUUUCACGCUUUUGAAGAUUUCUUCAAACAGGGAUUCAAAUAAGUUGCUUAAAAUGAAUAAAAAAAAAUUAAAUAUCUGUAUUUAUUAUUAUGACUGAUUGACAUUUAUUAUAUGAUACUAUAUUGAUUGAUAUUAUUGCUGUUAAUACUAAAGUAGUUGUCUGACAUGAACUUUUCCAUUUUUUUCUUUUUUAUUCUGUAACUUAUCAUUAGAAAAAAAAAAGUACAAGAAUCACCAUUAUGGCCUUUGAGUUUGCUGCAAAUAGUACUGACAUGUGGAGGCAUUGGUGAAUCAGACAUCUCCUCACUGUAUAUAAAUCACUGUAUGAAAGACAUUGAACCGCAUUGCCAAUGCUCGCUGUUUUCUUAGUUCAGUAUGAUGCUAUAAAUAACUCAUUUUGUACAAAGAUUUGAUCGCUGUAAUUAAUUUGCUUUUUAAUGGAGGAUGUGAGGUUUGCUUUUUUCUCAGUAUUGAAUAUUCAUUUUUCAACUAUGCCACUGUAAAAAAAAAACAGAAGAAGAAAAAAAGAAAAACAGAGACAAAAGUGUGGAUUAAAAUAAUAACUUGAAAACUGCCAUUUUGUUGUGACUAAAUUUGAAAUUUGAAAUGAAUUCUUCAUUAACCUUUUGUGAAUGUGAAUCAUCUGUAUUUGUUAUUCAAUGCACCGUUGAGUAAUACUACCGCUUAAGUAUCAAUAAUACAUGCAAAGUUGUAUAAAGAUUUAAAAAAAGAAAUCCUGAAGUUCACAAGGAAGAUCGCCCGAGGCUCUCGGCUUCAGUUAUACGUUUUGCAUUAAUACCAAAUCUCUCCAAGUUCUAGGUUGUUUCACCGGAGUCCAGUUCCAGAUGGGUGUACUGGCUUCGUGAAACUACCUGCUGAUGGAAAAGCAGAGGCUGCUGCUCCACUUGUUAUGACAAAAGUAGACAGAGAAAAUACACCGAGCAAGAACGACUGCAGGCGGUUACUUUGUGAUUCGACCUUAAAGUCAAGGAUACUGGGAGCCAGCUGACUGCUUCAAAGGGAAAUGAGACACUAAGAAUGAAACUUUGAGGAUCCCUUUAGAGGAAUUUCGUUGAAAAAGAAAACAGUCAAGCCAUCUAACAA